AUGCGAAAGUGGUAUUCUCAGAUGUCAGAACUAAAUCCAAUAACCUCGUUCCAAAAUCAAACGCUACGCUACGCCUCACGUUUUAGUUUCAGUUUUUCAUUUAUAUUCUCAUAAUAUUGCAGAAGAGACGUUGAAAUUAAUAGGGAACUUUUUACCUGCGUCUCUUUAUUCAAAAGCCAUGAUUCCUUCGCGAGCCUGGCGGCGAUUAGCGGGUUUUUAUAAAAGUCAUUUCGCAAUUCGUUCGGCAGGGUGUCUUCGACUGCUGAGUUCAGUACGUUCGCCGGAUGUUGAUACAAGAAUCCCGAGGGAAUGUAAUACUGUGGAACAGCCGCGCAUAAUCCCAUCACCAUCGCAAACGUGAUUAUUGUAUUCAUGUCCACGUAAAAUUCUGCAGAAAGAACAAGCUCCAACCAAUUUUUAAGGUUUAGUACGUAUCUUGUUAAAUCCAGCAGAGGAAUUAAUUUUUUUAAUUUAAAUCGAUAUCUAUCGAACAAGGAAAAAAUUGCACAUAGAUUUACAGAACCAUACGGAGUUUCUAUCCAAGUGACAAAAAAAUUCGAAAGGAAUUCACGAUGGCUGAGUCAUUAUUCCAAUUCACGUUUUACAAGCAUGUAUCUAUCCUUUCUACGCUGCUCAAAAUUUUAAUUAUUUUUUGCGUUUGUUACACAAAGGACUAUAUAAUAGUAUUUUGGGUUAUCUUACUGUCAAUGAUACCCCUCUUUUUUUACCAAAUUCCAUCAAUAAUCUAUAAAUUCUAUUAAUAAGUUAAUUUUAUAUAGUAAUACUACUGUAGUAUAGUGUAAAUACUACUGUAAGUAUUUAUACUGUAUUUAUACUGUAAGUAUAGUAAGUAUACUGUAAGUAUACUGUAAGUAAGUAUUUAUACUGUAAAUACUACUGUAAGUAUUUUACACCAACGGAAUCAUCCUUUUGUAAAAUUUUGAGCAACAUGCACUUUGUCUACAAUUUUCAUCAUACACUAUGAAUGAACUGAACUGCUGAUUGUGUGUUUCAGGGACCACAUUGAACAUCUUUAUCCUCCGUAUCAUCCAUUUGCAUCCUUUAUGCAAUUUAAUUGGCACUUGUAGUCCACGCACAAAUGCACUCACCUGAACGAACACUCGACUUCUGAACUCACAAGAUCUAGUUAUUACUCUCGCGCGUAUCUAACUGAAUACAGUAUCCGUUUACAGUGUUACUUAUAUACUUAUAUAGCAGUUGCCACUUCGAUACAAGUUACUAAGGUUACCGUCGACGUUUUUUCUUGAUCAUUAUCCGUAUUCUGGCCCAUUCUAUCGGCCUUAUGUCCCCGACGAGGCCAUUUGUUCCCUCUUUGAGACAUUUCAAGGGUGGAGAUCCCUUUGACUCAACUGAUCACCACUCGCCGCCGUUUAUCCGCGGCCUUCUUGGUUGCUUCUUGGAUACGUUUUAUUCGCUUUGCCUUGCUCCUCGGUGACAGAGACCCUGAUAUUAGAUGCUGCAUACGCGAUACAUUCUGAUAGAUUUUUCAAAUUGACGUGUUUCAAGCCAUUCGAUAAAUCCAAUAAAUUCAGCAUUAUCAUCAACUAUGUACAGAGAAAUUAUUAUUGCACAAUUGAGACGAAUUGAGAAGGAAUUGUGAACAAGAAAAUACAAUAGCCGAAAAGAUAAGUUUUACAAUUCGUGUUAUGAAUUGUCACACACCAAUAAAAUACAAAGUGAAUCACUUCGUAUAAUUAUUCUGUAACUGUCCUUUCGGUUUUCACUUUGUUCGGAAGAAUAAUUCAAUAGGCAUGGUCGAUCCAGCAGUUUACGCACGGUGAAUUUAGUUAACCGUCGUAUUAUAAGAACGAUCCUUUUGAUUCGGAUCAAUGUGUGUCGUGAGAUUUGGUGGGUGUAAUGUUCCUACGUGCCUGGAAAUAUCGAUUUCACCAUUGUGAUCGGAAUUUCCAUUACUUAACUAUACACUCAUUAUUGCACUUAAUAAAGAACACUUAGUAGUAAAUUUAACCGAUAGCGAGAUAUCAAAAAAAAAAAAAAAAAAUGUUUGAGGUUGAAUGAUUGAAAUAUUGAAUAUUAAACUAUUUGUUAAGAUCUACAAGUUGUCGAGAGUUUACUAAACUGUUACCAUGCCGAUCGUUGAGUUUCAACCGCCCACACAGGUUCUUACAGAUUUUUUCGAACAGCAAGUUUUCCGGUUUAUGCAUCACGCGUAUCAGUCUCUGUCUCUGUUCAACGAUUUGCAAGCUCAACAAGCUACAUUAUUACGGACUUGUGUAUUAUUCCAAACUUCGUUGCUUUCUUUCUACAGUUGGCCACGCAACUACACAUUUCUCAGUUCAACUUUCAGUUCGAUUCUUUCCGACAAUUUUUUGAUUCUUUGAAAUUUCAUACAUCAUACUUUUAUAAUUAUAAAUUCAUCGAUGAAAUUCUAAUUUCUAAUAGAUGAUGAAAUAAAGUAACAACUGAACAUUUUCAGAUACAUAUAUUUUAAAACUUAAAGCAACACAUCGAUUGGUAUAUCACUUACUCUUAAAAUGUCCAUAACAUUGAGAAUUCGAGAAAAGGAUGAUCUUGAGAGAACAUGAAUUAUCUACAUCAACUAUUCUUAUACUAAUACACAAUUUUUUUACAUUCACAAGAGUAACCAAGAUAUUGGUAUGAUAAGGAAUUCAAGAUAAUUGAAACAUUUAAAUCUUUUACUGGAUCUACAAUCUAUAAUUAGAUAACAGAGGUAAAGAGAUAUAAUUAUAAUUAUAAUCAUAGCUACAUAAAAAAUUCAUUAUUACUAAUACAUAUCCUAUUGAAUGGAUCAAGUAGCCUUUUAACUGCGUCGAAAAUUGUAUACAUCAUUAUAUACAAAAUUGUAUGCAUUAACAACAAUGAAUAUACAUCUUCUCUUCGAAAUGAAGAUAUUAAGUAGAGACAUUUUGAUACAUCGAUUUAAUUUUAUUUAAAUUACUUAUAAUAGCCAAGGAAACGGAUGUAUAAUUGUAUUUAGGUCAAUGUUACGUCCUUGCAUGUACCAAUUCACCCAGAGGCAGUGGUUACCCUUGUCGGAACUGAUUCGCUUAUUAUAA